AUGUUCGAGCGGCUCUCCGCGCACCUCACGAGGAACAAGGUGUGCGGGAGCACCCCUGCCGGGCGCGCCCAGCUCGAGGCCUUCGCGGCCUUGAGGAAACGCUCGACUGCGGCCGGCAGACCCGCUGUUGCACGCGGCGACUUCCCGCCGGUCGGGGGCAUAGCCGCCGCGGUGGUGGGGUCCCGGCGGCCGAAAGCCGGGGGGGUGAGGGAUUCAGGCGCGAAGGAGGGGCCGGCAGGGAGCGAGGGUAAGGGCUCCCGGAGGAGGAGCGAGAGCCUGUGGCCGUGUCCGGUCUGCACGAAGUCCUUCCGAAGGAUUUCGACACACGUCCAGAUGAGCGACUGCAAGAUCGUGCUGCAGUGGGGGGCGGGCGCGACCAUGGAGUGCCGCAACUGCGGGGAGGUCGUGGACGUAGUCCCAGACGUCCUCCAGCAGCACUCCAAGCGCUGCCGCCCCCGAGACAAAAUCACGAACGAUGAAGCCGCCGCCGCCGCUGCCGCCGGAGACGCUGCCGUGACACCCUCCGAAUCGUCAUCAAAGUCGCCGCCGCCGCCCCUGCUCGCACAGGCGCCGACUCUCGGGGGCGCCGUGCCUUCUUCUUCCCAGCAGCUGACGCGGUCGGCGUCGCUGACGUCGUCCACCGCUAGCGGGCCGGCAGCGGCAGCGCCUCCCAAAGGCGGCGCCGGGGGUGGCGCCACCGCGAGAUCGAGAGUCGGCGGGGGCAGCAGCAACGGCCCCGGCAAACGCCGCGGGUUUCCGCAGAACGGCGGUGGCGGUGGGCGAGCUUCCCCUUCCACGAGCGAAGGCGGCGGCGGCGGCGGAGAGAGCGCUCCCCCGAGGCUCAAGCGACGAGUCAGCACCGCCAGUGCCGCUAGCAGCGGCAGCGGGCAAAGCGGGGUCAUGCGGCGCGGAUCGACGACCUCGUCAACGUCGAAUCUCCUCGACCAUCGUCGACAGCCACCGCCGUUGUUAGACGCCAACAGCGGUGGGGGAUCGUUUAUCGCGGGGCGCGCGCUGGGCUCCGAUGAUUCGGACUCCGACCCGGGUGGUACCGAUGGGGGGUUAGGGAGGGCCGGCAGCUGGUCCGGGGGGGGAGGUCUUCUCGCCGGCGGCGGCGGCAUCAUCGGGGUAAUGCGGCGACCCCUUCCCCCCAAGAAGCGCUGGGAGACGGCUUUCGAGGCCUGGGCGGGGGGCGGCGAGAAGAACAAUGGGGGUGGAGCUCCUCCACAGGCCACGGCGGCGGCGGCGGCGGAAGCCGCUGAGGUUUGCGAGGUUGAGGACAGAUACCCGUGCUUGGCCAGUCGAGCCGAGGAGAGCGCCCUCGUGACGGUGCGGGAGGUGCGGAGGGCGGAGGCGUUGCCGGAGGGCGCCGCCGGGACGGCCCCCGGGGAGCAGCAGCAGCAGCACCGGAGGCAGGCCGUGGUGGUUUGCAGGCUGGUGGCGGAGGGCGGGAUCGAGAGAAAGAAAGGAGAAGCGGGCGUCGCGGCCACCCUUGGUUUCCAGGUGACGGAUGAUCGAGCACCCGGGGUCACGAACGCCUGGGCAGGGUUUCCGGUGGCGGCGGCGGUGGUGGCGGAAGGGGUGGCUGACUCGGCCGGGGUGGGGACUGGCGCUAGCAUUUUGAAGGUGGAAGACUCAUCCAUGCGGGGACGGUCAGCCUCUGACGUCACGAAAGCUAUGUACGCCGCCCUCCUCAAGAGGACAGGCAAGCACGGCAAGUCGGCGGCGACGGUGAGGCUGGUCAUCGUCACGCCACCGUGGUCGGCGUCGGCACCAACGCCAGGCGGAGGAGGAGUCGACAACAAGGCCGGGGCCUUUGCUCCCGCGAGCCCUUACGACGGGGUGGGGGGUAUGGCGUGCUUGGGCCGGGAGAGACACGAAGGCCGGGAGUUUGUAGAGCUUUGCUGGUCGGUGUUGAUGGCCCCGGGGGGAGGCGUGCUUCCCCCAACCGACGUCGGUUUGCCCGCGUCUCGAGCGGGAGAGCGUCCGGCUGAGCAGGACGCGGAGGUGGCCCGGCGGCUGGGUUUCGACGUGGAGAGGCGGGAGCUGUCGCAGUGGAUGGAGUGCAUCGAGGUGUCGUCCGUCACGCCAGACGGCGUGGCAGCCAGGCACGGCCUGCAGCCGAAGGACCUCUUGCUUGCGGUGGAUGGAAACCACCUUUUGUCCACAACCGAAGCCAGUUUUUGGCUCGAGGUCGGACGGACCCUUCGAGCCUGCGACUCCGCCUCCCAAACGAACAAGUCCGGCGGCAAGGCCGCUACCACCAACGACAGCGACAACGAAGACGCCUUCGAGAGGCUUUCAGCCGACCACGGCGAUGAUUCCGAUUGGCUGCGGUUCCUGGUGUUCCGAAAAUGCGCCGCCGCCGCCGCCCCGCCGCCGCCGCCGCCGCCGCCGCCGCCUCUGGCGUCAGCUGGGAGGGCCAAGCGGCCGGUGGGGAGGCCGAAGGGGUCGAUGGAGAGUAAGAAGGGGGCGUUAGCGGGGGGGGCGGGACGAGGCGCCACUGGGCAGAAGGAAGAGGCAAGCCGGGGGCUCCUACCGCGGCAGCGAUCGCGAGAACUGCCGGGAGCGGCGGCGCCGGCGCCGGCGCCGGCGGGCGCGGAAGGAGCAGCCAGACAUGUUUUAACCCCCACCUCCCCCUCCCUACCCCCUGGAACCCGAACAGGAGCGCCCGUUCCAACCGGCGCUUUCCUCCUGGAGGAUACUGUGCUCGGGGACAAGCUCACCAUUCCCGCCGGGGCGAAGCUGCUGUCGGUGGAUGGGAUUCCUACGGGACACCUGGACUUCAACACCGCGAGAGACGUGGCGCUCUCGGCCGGGGCUAAGUCCGUGCUAGCGUUCGAGUAGGCAGCAGCUGCAGCAGCAACAAGUCCGUGUUAAAUAGCUUUUCGACGACAAGGCAGCAGCACUCGCGCCGACGGUCGUGUGCGGUGGGCUGGAGUACUGGGACUACUUCUGCUGCUGCUGUGAUAGGAUAGCGAUGAGGAUUGUUUUUGACGAAUCGUACAACAUCAGCGAUGAUUACGUCUAAUAGUAGUUUUUUUUUUUGUAAUCAACUGAGUGCUUCAGCACGCACGAGUCACGGAGUAUGUACGAGUGUCUUUUUGAUUUUUUUUUGGGGGGACGGACUUUUGGUGCACGGCCGACCUGCGAAAGCCAAACAAGCCAGGGCAUAUGUAAACGGGUUUUUGGUUUUGCUUCUCGUCAGACUUAUAGGUGCACUGCCGGCGUGCGAAAGCAAAACCGCGGGCUCGACUGAUCGCCUUGUUUGGUGUAAAGAGUAUUUUUAGGCGAUCUUCUACCUCGCGGCAGUGCGGGGGGCCACGCAGAAAGGAGCGGCGAUUUUUUACCCCCCCCUCUAGGAACGAUUGGCCAUUGGUGAUGGG